AUGCCUGUAUAUCUCCUCGUUGAUCUGUCCAAAAAGUUCUGCAGAUUGCUGGAAAGUUCGCAGAUAUCUACAUGGACACGAGGCAUUGAAGACUCGGCAUUUGCUGACGAGGACGAAAUUACCCACAUCUUGAUGCGUGUGGGCAAUUCAGGGCCUCGCACAACAGGAAACGAUGCUCACAACGACCUGAUCAACUGGUUUGAACAAGAGUUGCGAAAGAUCCCUGGCGUGACUAUCAAGAGCCACGAGUACGAGAUCCUGCGAUGGCAAACCAUUGGAGGUGUUUCUUUGGCCGAUGCCGGACAAUUGACUAUGCUUACCAAGACCGAGAGCAUCAGAAUUCCUAUCGCUGGAGCUGUCCCGUUCUCACUGCCUGGACCCGGACAAGCUGGCCCUCUUAUAUAUGUCCCAAAGAACAUUGCUUUAUCUAGUCUCGAUGUGCGAGGCAAGAUUAUUUUGCGAGACCUUCCUGCCAAAUCAGUACCUUACGCCAUGGCGUCUCUGCCUAGCUAUUACAAGACGCCCGAUGUGACUGGCGACCUCUUGUCUAACUACGACCGCCCAGGAGGAGCAGAUGAACCUCUGAACCAAGAUCUGAUCGCCGCAGGACAAGGCGGAGCCGCUGGUAUGGUGAUCAUGUUUGAUGUGGACCGAGAAUACAUCCAGUCAUACUUCGAGCCUCACCAAGGAGUUCAUUACAGAAUACCGGCUGUUUUUGUGGGUGCUACAGAAGCUGCUCUGCUGAAAGAGAAGGCAGACCACCACGUAUUGUUUAGUAUUUCAGUGUCCGCUGAGAUCCAAGCCACAACCACUCGGAACCUAUCUGCCAUACUCAAGGGACAAAUCGAUGAACGAAUCAUCUAUGAAAGUCAUACCGAUGGCAAUACAUUUGUCCAAGAGAACGGCCCUGCUGCACUUCUGUCGCUGUGCAGAUAUUUUGCAAAGCAGCCUCUCGAAUCAAGGCAGCGAACGAUAGAGUUCGCGUUCAACAGCGGACAUCUACACAUUUCCCGUGAAGGUACAGCAUUACAUGCAGAUCUGCUGCAACCAGAAUACGAGCAAGGCAAAGUUACUCUAGUCAUACCUAUGGAACAUCUCGGUGCCCGCGAGAUCGAGAGAGGCCCUCGAAGUGGCCAAUUGAGCUUUACCGGCAGAGGAGAACUCAUGUUUUGGUGUGUCGGUCCGUCUCCGGUCGUACGCCAGGCGGUGAUUGAGGCAGUCAAGAGACGAAAGCUCGAUCGCGUUCUUGUCACAAGAGGCACCAGCCUGCCCGACUUUGCCCAGGUGCCUACCUUUGCAUCUUUUGGCGGUAUUGGUACUUACUACCAUAAUGCUCUCCUACCUACCACGUCGUUGAUUUCCGGGCCUUGGUCGUUGUGGGCUCCAUGGUUUGGGUCUGAUGCUGUCGACGUUGGGCGGUUGAGAGCGCAGACAUUAGCUCUGGGCGACCUGUAUCUCGCGUUGGACCGCGUGCCUCGUUCUUCGAUUGUCGCAGGCUAUGAAAGAUACAGAGAACGGAGACGGAAGGGAGCAAAACAAUAUAGAAGUCUCAUACCAAACGAGGUAGCUUAG